GUGAUUAGCCAAAACCUUGUUUCCAGUCGGACACAAUAUCAUAGAGCACAGUGUAGUUGUUCGGGCUAGUUUCCAGGAUGAAAUGAUGAAGUUAGUUGAUUAUGAGACAAGUAGUAUAAUUUGCAGCUCGUCUCAAUGGACCCGGUGCACAGAGCUCUGCUGCGGACGCACAGACUGCAGCUGUCCGGGCAGCUGCUGGUCAGCGACUCUAUCGUUCCGUUUCUGUACCAGGAGAACAUUUUAACAGAGGCUCAGGUGGAGGACAUCGAGUCUCAGCCGACAAACAGACAGAAAAGCCUGAAGCUGCUGGACAUCCUGCCGAGCCGCGGGCCCCGGGCCUUCGACUCGUUCCUGCGGUCUCUGGAGGAGUUCCGCUGGGUCAGAGACCAACUGCUGCUGGAGCUCCAGACACGACCUGGACCCAGCUCAACAGAGCGUUGGCCAGCCGCGUCCACGACGCCUGCAGGAAGUGAAAGCUUGCUCUCUAAAGUUUGCCUCUCUGCUUCAAACCACAUCAGACUGAGAAGGAAACCAAACGAGAGGAAGGAAAAGGUUUCUCUUCUGUUCUCUACAAUCUUGGUCUUCAUCUCUGAAGCUGGUCUGCAGCCUGCAGCUGUGAACUUUGCUCCUUUAAACACUGCUGAGCAGUUGGUCUCUGCUGUCUGUCGGCCAGCAGACGUCUGCCGGCCUCCAGACUCGGUUCUCCAGAAGGUCCCUUCGGAUCGGGAGCUGUCCCGGCUGGCGUCUCGGCUCGGGGCCGAGUGGGAGUCGGUCCUGAUGGACCUGGGUCUGUCGGCGGAGGCUUUGUUCCGGUGCCGGUCCGACCACUCGCUCAGCACUCAGGGCGCGGCUCUGGCCGGGCUGGUCCGGUGGAGACGAAGCGAAGGGAAGAAAGCCACCGUCGAGAGGCUGCUGCGGAGUCUGACGGCCGCCGGCGUCCAUCCGGCGGUCCUGGAGGACGUCCUGAUGUGACCGGGGACUGGUCUAAUCUGUCCACGGGUCAGCGCCGAGGCUCUAAGGGCUGUAACGGACGUUUUUAGAAAAGUGACGGACAUUUUGUUAUCGGCCUUUUUUAUUCGACGACGAUCCUUUUAAUCAGGCUUUAACUCCUGGAAUCAGUUUAUCUCCUAAAUAUUAAAACCACACUGCUUCACACUCA